AUGCUUUUGAUGGUGACCGUCAUGCUUGGCGGAGUAAUGGUCAUGCAGAUAUGCAUGACCAGUGAGCGUAAGGGGUGUAACAACCGCAUGCUAGUCUCCCUUGGCUGGAUCGUGGCCAAGGGCUCGCGGGAGAACCCACGGAACACGAAGUGUAGUCUACAAGAUCCGGAGAGGCUUAUGCAGCUGCGGAAGGAGCUGCUGGCCGCGCGCAAGCCAUUAGUGGACUCCCUCGCCAUGGUGUUUGGUGACGAGGAUGAGAUCUGGCUGGAGCGGUGCGAGAGUAUUGCAAGCCAGUUGUCGUAUAUAGACUAAGCGGCUUGUUAUCUAGAUCCCUGUUCCUUAUCG